CCGAGUAAUUCAGUUGCGUGGGGAAGGCGGACCGAUAAGGGCGUGAACGCACACAAAAGAGGCACGACCUACGGGAAAGACACCAGUUAAAAAGGACCGGCCAGAGUGUCACCAUAGCUUUGUUUCAGGCUUUUUGUUACUCGAACCCUACAGGGGACCAUUCAACCUCCGACAGCGCCAAGAUGAACACCGCGAUACCGUCCGAACCGGGACCGUUAGAGGAGAUGAUGAGAGUUAUGAUGGUGAUACAAGAGGCGCUUACGGGCAACGAUGCUCGCCGUGGUUUUCCAGUGGCUUGUGUAGAAUAAUGAGAGUCUGUGUCCUAGCGCAAAGAUGUCGGUGCCUUUGCUGAAGAUCGGUGUGGUGCUCAGCACCAUGGCAAUGAUCACCAACUGGAUGUCCCAGACUCUGCCAUCACUGGUGGGACUGAACACCACCAAACUAACCGCGGCGCAGGGUGGCUAUCCAGACCGGAGUAUAGGAGUUUUACCCGCUAACCCAGAGGAGUCCUGGCAGGUGUACAGCUCAGCGCAGGACAGCGAGGGCAGAUGUGUGUGUACGGUUGUCGCACCUCAACAAACCAUGUGCUCAAGAGACGCCCGCACCAAACAACUCCGUCAGCUACUGGAGAAGGUGCAAAACAUGACGCAAUCGAUCCAAGUGUUGGACCAGCGGACCCAGAGGGACCUGCAGUAUGUGGUGAAGAUGGAAGAUCAGCUCCGUGGCCUGGAGACCAAAUUCAAACAGGUGGAGGAAAACCACAAACAAAACAUCGCCAAGCAAUACAAGGCCAUAAAGGCAAAAAUGGCGGAGCUGCGACCGCUGAUUCCCGUACUGGAGGAGUACAAAGCCGACGCCCGUCUGGUCCAGCAGUUUAAAGAGGAGGUGCAGAACCUGACGUCCAGCCUCAGCCUCCUCCAGCAGGAGAUGGGAGCGUACGACUACGACGACCUCCACUCUCGCGUGGUCAACCUGGAGGAGAGACUGCGUGCGUGCAUGCAGAAACUCGCAUGCGGAAAGCUUACCGGCAUUAGUGAUGCUAUCACCAUUAAAACAUCCGGCUCUCGGUUCGGAUCCUGGAUGACGGACCCACUCGCUCCUGAAGGAGACACAAGGGUAUGGUACAUGGACGGUUACCAUAACAACCGCUUCGUGCGAGAAUACAAGUCUAUGGCAGACUUCAUGGCGUCAGAUAAUUUCACCUCUCACCGGCUGCCGCACCCCUGGUCAGGGACGGGUCAGGUGGUCUACAACGGCUCCAUCUACUUCAACAAAUUCCAGAGUAACAUGAUCAUCAAGUUCGACUUCAAGACCUCCACCAUCAGUAAAUCCCAGCGUCUGGACAACGCAGGCUACAGCAACACCUACCACUACGCUUGGGGCGGCCACUCGGACAUCGACCUCAUGGUGGACGAGAGCGGUCUCUGGGCCGUGUACGCCACCAACCAGAACGCAGGGAAUAUUGUCAUCAGCAAGCUCCACCCGAUGACCUUGCUCAUUUUGCAGUCCUGGACGACCAAUCACCCGAGGCGCAGCGCCGGCGAGUCCUUUAUGAUUUGCGGAACUUUGUACGUAACCAACGGCUACUCGGGAGGUACGAAGGUCUACUACGCCUACCAAACCAACUCCUCGACCUACGAGUACAUCGAUAUCGUUCUGCAAAACAAGUACUCGCACAUCUCAAUGCUGGACUACAAUCCGCGAGAUCGUGCGCUGUACGCCUGGAACAAUGGCCAUCAGGUUCUCUACAACGUCACGCUUUUCCAUGUCAUCCGCUCUGAGCAGUUGUAACUGAUGAGCGGAAAAAUGGAAAACUGUUAACCGUGGAGUGGAUUGACAUUUUGGGACUUAGUUUGGAGUACCUUAAAAGGAACAUUAAAGAGAACCUCAGAUUCCCAAGACAAUCCAUUGGAAUGUUCUUAUUAUAAAACAAUGUUAUGCUGAAUGAAAAACUACAGACAUGUGAUUGAGUAAAACAAAACCAUGAACAGAUGCCAAAAAACAACAACAAAUACAUAAAGCCACGCCUUUCUUUUUUACAUAAGGACCUUACUUUGCAGAACAAUGGAGUAAUGGACUAUAAGCCUAUCGUGGAAUAUUCGAUCCCUUCCUCAUCAAGCGAGUGCAGGAAUAUCAUUGGUGCUUCAUUUGGGAAAUGAACACGGACAGCUACCAGUCUGUGCAAUGUCACCGUCCAACUCAUGUGUGCUUUGCAGAGCUAAAUCCUUUAGAUAAUGAAAAUUAAAUGAAAAAAGCGAUUGCCUGAAGGCGCUGACUGUUGAAAGCUUUGUUGUUGUUCAAAGGACUCUUGUGAGAUUUUACUUGAACUUCUCUGCGAUUAACUUCUCUAGACGUGGUUGCACCAUAUCGUGAAAUUUUUUAAGGACCUACUGUAUGUAGCAACUGAGAUCAGACCAAAGUGUGCCGUUUAAGUCAAUAUGAAAUCAAAAUAGAUCCAAUUUACUAAAAAACAAACAUAAACACUGGGUUGAUUCAAUCCAGGGUUGGGCAAAAUAUGGAAAAACCCAACUGUUGGGAUUAAAUCAAUAGAUGAUGGGUCCUUUCAUUUUAAAAUGUUGGACUGUUGCAAGGCAUGGUUGAGUCAAAUAUGGACAUUUUAUUGGUUCAUUUAACCCAAUGUUUGGUUUGGUCCUUUAUUUAGCCAGCCAUGAUUUUUAUAAAUGGUUUCAUCGGACGCAUGCACUUGUCCAUAAAUUAACUUCCUUUCCAUGUCUGGUUAUAACAUAAAAAUGUAUUUCAUAUUUACUUUGAUCUUUUAUCAAAAUAUAAUAAGUUGCCUCCAAAAUAAGUUUGAUUUUAUGUAAAGAAUCCCACCACUUUAACCAGAAUUACCAACGGAUAAUAAUAAGGCCACUCCCUUUAUGUCGUUCUCACUGAAUAUUUUGUUGAAAUUUAUUGAAAUAAAUUGCAUUUCACAUUGACUUUAAACAAUCUGCGGUGAGAACAUCACCCUUCACGAAACAGCUAGACAGCUAGCUGUGUUUGUAAAUAGACGUGCGUUAUACGAGCAUCACGGUUGCUACGAUACACGUCCGGUCUGUGUAACAGCUGCACGAGAUGUUACUAACAGAUGGUUCAGGUAGAAUCCAAUUCUGUGUCUCUGUGCUGGUGAUUUUUCGUGAAACUUUCUGUUGCAUGAGCAGUUUGUACAUGCGCAGGUGUGCUCAAAGGAAUGUUUACCUGUAUGAUGCUGUACAUGACUGAUCCAGGAUCGUGGCUGCGGGUGGGGGGUGGGCACCUGUGGGGGAGAGAGGAAGACUCGGGUUGGGCGGGUAGGUUCUAGAAACGUAAAAAAUGCUUGUUUUCGAUCUCGUUUGUUUUGAGUGUCUUGUUUCCCAUUUGUAAUUUUUGUAGAUUUAUAGUUUGAUGUUUUUUGUAAUAUAAUACCGUAUGCUUGAGUGAAGCUUCGGCGUCUUUUAGUUUGAUGGCGCUAGAACGCCACGCUUCUCUCGGAAAUUCAAAAAAGAUAUAUCAGAGUGAUAUCAGAAUGUACUUUAAAAUGUCUAUAUGAGAGUUUAGAGGGUAUGAAAAAUAUGACAAUAAAACUAUGAAAAUAUGACGCUGGCAUUAUAAUAAGGCUCAUACUGUCUUAUGAAGCGAAUUAGCAACGUCUAAUAUUAGCUUUCGUUCAUUUUACGCUUAGCUGGAUGUGUGUUGUAUCUGUGAUCCAUGAUUCUUACCAAUAAACAAAGGAUCUAUGUCCUUAUGUCAUUCUG